CCUUGCCGCGGGUCAACAUCAUGACACCCCAGGUUUUUCCUCUUGCGAAUGGAGCGCAGUUGGGGUACGAGAUACUAGGAGCCGAUCACCUGAAGAGAGGUGUCCGCCCCAUUGUCCUCAUCAAUGGUAUGUUAGGGCGAUAUGAAGAUUGGGAAACUCUCAGCAUGCUUCAGUAAAUUGAGACCUGGUAGGCUGUUAAUUUUUUCUAAUGGCGUUUUGCUCGCUUUCAUGCGCUGUGUUAGUAUUGGUGUUCGAUCACCGGUAUGGGUUAUAUGAACGAGUUGAUGGCUCACGAAUGCAGACCGGCCUCAUGUAGAGAUUUCGGAGCUUCUAUAGUGAAGACGAGCAAGCGGGAAGAAACUACCACGUUACCGAUGGCGGAAGAUGCAAUCGCAUGAGG